UUGAGGACUUCCUCCCGGCAUGACAUCCUGGAGGCCUGCACCUUUCAGCGUAUGCGCCUGAAAAACGACAUAAAGCAGCUCUUGAUCAGAACAAAUAGAAACAUGGAAGUAAAGGCAGCAUGACGUGACGCGUUGAGAAGAGCUGCAAAAAAGAAGAAGAAAAGUUAGCACAGGAAGUAGGAAGUGUGAUCUGCGUUAUCACCAAUUUGUGUGCAUGUGUGUUUUGUGUGUGUGUGUGGGUGUGUGUGUGUGUGUGUAUGUGUGGGUGAGCUGAGCCGCUGACCUGUGCUCAAGGAUAAUGUCUCUGAAACUACCUCGCAACUGGGACUUCAGCACCUUCAAGGCUGAGACCUCUCGAAUAGCGCGAUCCAAGAGUGUGAUGCCUGGAGAGGGAGGCUCCAGCCCGGGCUCGCCGCGCUCCCACAGGUCCAUGGAGAGGCCCAUGAAGACGGGCUGGCUGAAGAAACAACAGAGGUCUUUGGUGAAGAACUGGCAGCAGCGCUACUUCGUCCUGAGAGGAAGCACCCUGACCUACCACAAGGAUGACAAGGAGACCACGGUGCAGGGCGUGAUCCAGCUGCGCGGCAGUAAGGUCAACGAACUCCCGUCCAGCUCAGAUGACCCUGGGAAAUAUCUCUUUGAGAUUGUACCACGUGCAACUAAAGACAGAGAGCGAUGUCCGUAUGUGUUGAUGGCAAACUCCCAGAGUGAUUGUGAAGACUGGGUCCGCACCCUGCGCAGAAUGAUCGGGGUGAACGGAGUGUUUGGAAAGGAUCUGAAAGAGAUCGUGGCGUAUGAGCAGCGCUUGGGACCUCACAUGGUGCCAAUCCUGGUGCAGAAAUGUGUGGAGUUCAUCAAAGAAAACGGCCUGGAUGAAGAGGGCAUCUUCCGCCUCCCCGGUCAGGAGAACGCCGUCAAACAGUUCAGAGACGCCUUUGACGCAGGGGAGAGGCCCUCCUUCCCCAGUGACACGGACGUCCACACGGUGGCGUCGCUGCUCAAACUGUACCUGCGGGAGCUGCCUGAGCCGGUGGUUCCCUGGACUCAGUACCAGGACUUCCUGGACUGCACCAACAUGCUGGACACCAGCAGCUCUGAGGGCUGGGAGAAGCUGGAGAAUCAGAUUGCCCGGCUCCCCAAAGUCAACUACAACCUUCUCAGCUAUGUUUGCCGGUUUCUGUUUGAGGUGCAGAACCACUCCAAGGUGAAUAAGAUGAACGUGGAGAACCUGGCGACUGUGAUGGGAAUCAACCUGCUGAAACCGCAGAUCGAGGACCCCAUCACUGUGAUGAAGGCGACCCCUCAGAUCCAAAAGCUGAUGACGGUGAUGAUCAGACGGCACGAGGCUCUGUUUCCUCUCUCCAAAGACGUGGUUCCCUCUUCUCCUUCAAACAAGGCUGAAAGCCAGAAGAACGCCCCCCGAAGCUUUGUGGGCUGGGAGUCUGCUGAGAUGGUGGAUGCAUCUCUGUCUGAGUCUCCAGAAGAGGAGGAAGACAACGACAGUCCGGGUCUGCACAGAGGACGCUGCGGCCGGCAGACGGCCCCCCAGGAAGCCGCGUCUCCCGGGGAUGACGACAGGCUGGGGAGUCCCCGCAAACGCACACAGACUCUGCCCACCUUCAACUGCCCCCUCACCGGGAUGGCGGCGAAGGCAGAAGCCCUCAACAGGUGGAGCCGCAUCCAGGAGAGCCCCGAGGAAAAGGGGGGGACUUUGUCGGAGGACAUUUUCAAAAUCCUGGACCUGCGGAGUUCAGGAUCGCUUUUCGGGGCCUCGCCGCUGAACAACAAGGAGGCGGAGGAUAGAUCAGUGGCCCGAAGGGGAAGUGACCACACAGGUUUGUCUAGUGCUGAAGCCCCAAAGCCUGAGAGUGAGUCCCGGCCGGCGCAGGGACUGUCCAGAGAAAAGAGCGCGGACACUGUGGCGGUGAGCGGGUCAGUGCAGCAGGUCAACAGCAGGCCAAAGCGGAAGGAGACGCCCCCCCAGCCGUCCAUAGAGAGUUUGCAGCAGCAGAACGAGGAGCUGCACGCCACAGUGGCAGAGCUGCAGGCUGCUCUGGAGGCAGAGCGCCACCGUGUGGCCGCCCUGGAAAUCUGCCUAAAGAAUGCCGAGUGCAGCCGGGACGAGGCCCAGAGACGAAACGAUGAGCUGCAAAGAGACAUUCAGAAGUUUCUCACUGGGAAACAAACUCUUGCCUAAAAAUAAUGUUGUCUAUUUAUGACUGCGAACUUCAGCAGAGCUGAUUUCCCAGGAGGUGCUCGUCCUCGCCCACCCAGUUGUUUCUUUUUGACUUCAGUAUGGUCAAGAAGAUAAAUUAUUGGCUUGUUUGUUUGUGCCCGUGAGAUGUCUGUUCAGAGGAGGUCUGCACUGUUUAAAAGAAAGUACAGCCUUUUUUAGUUUAUUCAAUUUUAUUUUGAUAAGAAUAAGAAUAAGAAUAAGAAUAAGAAUAAUCAUAAUAAUCAUAAUAAUAAUAAUAAGAAUAAUAAUAAGAAAUAAUAGUAAGAAUGAUCUGAUCCUUCCAGGCCUUAAAGUCGGGUAAAUUCAACCUCAGAUGAACAGUAAACAUGACAUAUUUAGCGGUGUCUUCAACCAAAAAUAGGACAAAAUGCAGAAGUUGUAUUAUGGAAAAACAAAGUACACCCCAAGACUGAGCAGCACGUGGAACCACAACCGCACCGAUCUUCUUCCGUCUUGUAUAUCAUCUGUUUCUCGUUCAGUUAUGGAAGGGUUUUGGUUUAAUCUUUCUAUGGAAGCAGUGAGGGUGUACUUCAUUUAACACACGCUUUCUGCAUGUUUGGCUUAGUUAUGUAUGAAACAAAUAAGGAAUUUGUAUAUUAUGUCAUGUGUUACUGUUCCUCUGAUUUAAUUUUAAUCUUAAAACCUGGAAAGAACUGGAUUCUUUCUUUUUAUGAUCUGUUACAUGAAGCCGAGUCUACUGUUGUUUUUUCACAAGGAUGAUAUCUGUGUCCUUUGGAGAUGAGUCGGCUCUUUUGUACGACUUUGUCGCUGUGUAGCUGUUGUACAGGACGUACAGGGAGAAAAGAAGAGCUUCACCUGCAAUGAAUUAACUUUAUUUAAAUGCAGAUGUGAAGUUUAAUGAGAGACAUCUGGACAUGUGAUAGCAGUUAGCACAUGGAGCAAAUACUCAGUGUUGAAUGGAUGUAGUUGGGGGAUAUUUCUUAGGUUCAGUUGUAAAUCAAUAAAACGGCACAAAUGAGACUUUUUUGUGUGCAAAAUAAUGUCAAGUCGUGUUUAUUCAACACCAAAAUUAGCCAAGAUGUUUUUUUUGUUUGUUUGUGUAAAUCAAGGGGCGAUUUAACUGUUUACAUGCAGAAUUAAGGGAAAGGGCUGAAAUUAUGGGACAAAGUGAAAAGAAGACUGAACAUCAGCACUGAUGAGAUAAAUGCUAGGACAAAAAAAGA